CAACGGUAUAUGAUCAUCUUCGGCGCUCACUUACGAUCGCAACCGGCUCGAUAUUCACAUUCAGUUGUAAUUUACACUCUGAACACAUCACAGUGUUUUACCAGAUUUUUCUUUCUAAAUACGAUUAUAUUUGCGGUAACUAAGUGGAAAAUUAAAUGAAAGCAAUUGUUCAGUUGAAAGAUAUCGUAUACUGUGCUAAUCAGGUCAACAUAAUACAAACAAAGUCAAACUGGCGUCCAAAGUGUUGCGAGCUAGAUCAGAGAGCUUCACCGAGAGCGAUGCAAGCUUUGCAUCGAGCACAGAUGACACUAACGAAUGUUCUACUGUAACCGAAACUAAUGUAACAUCACAAAACACAAGCCUUAGUAAGGCGACCAUAACACAUGUUACGGUGCCCAAAAGAAUUGUGAUUAAAUAUUCCGCCAAUAUAGAACAACCUAAGAUAAAUCCACCAAUUGCUAUACUCGGCCCACGUGAUAGUGAGUCAUCUGAUCAGGGAGUUCUGGAAUCUGAUUACAGCGAGGAAGAUGGAGAGUCAGAUAUGGAAGAGGUUGAUGAUGAAGAAGACAUUGAAGAAGAAAUGACAGAUAAUACAGAACCACUAUCGAAAGAUGAUUUGACUACUGCCGAUGUCACAGAAUUAACAACAGAAGCAGACGGACAUAGCUCGGACGAAACUGAGUCAGAGGAAGAAUCAGAAUACGAGGAAGAAGAAUCAGAUGAAAAUACAUCGAGCCAAAAUAUAAAUGAAUCACAGUCAACAAAACGAUACGUUUUAGAGGAUUUUCAGCUAUUAAAAACAAUUGGCACCGGGACAUUUGGUCGUGUCUGUUUGUGUUUAGACCAAAAGACGAAUAGAUAUUGUGCAAUGAAAAUAUUGGCGAUGUCAGAUGUUAUUCGACAAAAACAGGUGGAACAUGUUAAAAAUGAAAAAAAUAUUUUGGCAGAAAUUAAACAUCCAUUUAUCGUGAAUUUAAUAUGGCACACGAAAGAUGACUUGUGUUUAUAUAUGUUGUUUGAGUAUAUCAUUGGCGGUGAAUUAUUUACGUAUUUACGGAAUGCUGGUAAAUUUAACAAUUCAACAGCGAAUUUUUAUGCUAGUCAAAUUAUUCUUGCGCUAGAAUAUUUACACGAAAAUUCAAUUGUGUAUCGGGAUUUAAAGCCUGAAAAUUUGCUGCUAGAUCGGGAAGGCCACUUGAAAAUCACUGACUUCGGUUUUGCCAAAAAAUUGAAAGAUCGGACGUGGACUCUGUGCGGCACACCAGAAUACCUUGCACCAGAAAUAAUUCAAUCGAAAGGUCAUAAUAAAGCUGUUGACUUUUGGGCACUCGGAAUUUUAAUAUACGAGAUGUUAUGUGGUUUUCCCCCGUUUUAUGCUGAUAAUCCGUUCGGUAUUUAUGAAAAGAUUCUCAACGGCAAAUAUGAAUGGCCAUGUCUUGUUGAUCCCAUCGCAAAGGAUUUAGUAAAGAAAUUGCUCGUCCCAGAUCGUACUAGGCGAUUAGGUAAUAUGAAAAACGGUUCUGAAGACAUUAGAAGGCAUCGAUGGUUUAAAAAUUUGAAUUGGGAUGAUGUAUACAACCAAAGAAUCACGCCACCAAUUAAACCCAAAAUAACUACGGAAGGAGAUACAAGUAAUUUCGAUGAUUAUCCCGAUGAUCAAGUGGUUGCCCGAGCGAUACCUAAAAAGGAUUUGAUUUUGUUUGAUGACUUUUAGCAAUUUAGUAUUUUAUCAUGAAAUUAAGAAUGAAUUUUAUUUAUUUCACAUCGCGUCAGACAGAAUUAGUUUAGUUUAUAGCCUUAGAAAUUUAAGCAAUAUGUUGGCGCAAAACUUAUUUAUAUUUAAAAAAUAUAUGUUGGA